AUAUAUAAUACGAUACAAAUUCGAUCAAUCUCGAAGUGAUCGAAAGGGAGAUGGAAUCGGAGCAGUUGAUAUCGACCGGGAGCGGUUCCGGUUCCGGUUCCCGGUAUGUGCAAAUGCGAUCGGAGCAGUUAAUGUCGCCGUCGUCGCUCUUCUCCUUCCGCCACUCGUCUUUUGAGCCGGCGAGGAUCUUCGACGAGUUGCCCAGCGCCACCAUCGUCUCCGUCUCUCGUCCUGACGCCGGCGAUAUCAGCCCCAUGCUUCUCUCUUACACCAUCGAGUUCCAAUACAAGCAGUUUAAGUGGCGCCUAGUGAAGAAAGCAUCACAUGUAUUCUACUUGCAUUUUGCAUUGAAGAAACGGGCGUUUAUUGAGGAAAUUCAGGAAAAGCAGGAACAGGUUAAAGAAUGGCUUCAAAAUCUAGGAAUAGGAGAUCAUACGGAUGUGGUGCACGAUGAUGAGGAUGUUGAUGAUGAGACUGUUCCCUUGCAUCACAAUGAUGAAAGUGCUAAAAACAGAGAUGUUCCAUCUAGUGCAGCUCUACCGAUCAUUCGGCCAGCGCUUGGCAGGCAGCAAUCCAUUUCAGACAGAUCAAAGAUUGCAAUGCAAGGAUAUCUUAAUCACUUUCUUGGAAACAUGGACAUUGUGAACUCUCGAGAGGUCUGCAAGUUUUUGGAGGUCUCUAUGCUAUCAUUUUCCCCAGAAUACGGCCCUAAGCUGAAAGAAGAUUUUGUAAUGGUGAAACAUCUACCAAAGUUGCCAAAGGAUGAUCCUUCCGGGAAAUGUUGUUCAUGUGGUUGGUUCAAUUGUUGUAAUGACAACUGGCAAAAGGUUUGGGCUGUAUUGAAACCAGGAUUCUUGGCCUUUCUGUCAGAUCCUUUUGAUACCCAACCUUUAGACAUAAUAGUAUUUGAUGUACUACCAGGCUCUGAUGGGAAUGGGGAUGGCCGUGUAUCUCUAGCAAAAGAGAUAAAAGAUAGAAAUCCACUACGACAUGCAUUUAAGGUGGCUUGUGGAAGCCGGAGCAUUAAGUUAAGAGUUAAGAGUAGUAGUAAAGUUAAAGAUUGGGUAGCUUCAAUCAAUGAUGCGGGACUCAGACCUCCUGAAGGUUGGUGUCAUCCUCACCGUUUUGGCUCUUUUGCGCCUCCAAGAGGCUUGGCUGAAGAUGGUAGUCAGGCUCAAUGGUUUGUAGACGGUCGGGCGGCAUUUGAAGCUAUUGCUUCUGCAAUCGAGGAUGCAAAAUCAGAGAUAUUUAUUUGUGGCUGGUGGCUGUGUCCAGAAUUGUACAUGCGGCGUCCAUUUCAUACUCAUGCUUCUUCUAAACUUGAUUCUCUGUUGGAAGCAAAAGCUAGGGAAGGGGUUCAGAUUUAUAUACUUCUCUAUAAAGAGGUAGCACUUGCUCUGAAAAUCAACAGCGUUUAUAGCAAGAGAAAGCUUCUUGGGAUUCAUGAGAAUGUGAGGGUACUACGUUAUCCUGACCACUUUUCUAGUGGUGUCUACUUAUGGUCCCACCAUGAAAAACUUGUCAUUGUUGAUUAUCAGAUUUGCUUUCUUGGAGGACUUGACUUAUGCUUUGGUCGUUAUGAUACUGCUGAACAUAAAGUGGGUGACUGCCCUCCUAACAUUUGGCCUGGAAAGGACUAUUACAAUCCCAGGGAAUCUGAACCAAACUCGUGGGAGGAUACGAUGAAAGAUGAGUUGGAUCGUGAAAAAUAUCCUCGCAUGCCUUGGCAUGACGUACACUGUGCUAUUUGGGGACCUCCCUGCCGUGAUGUAGCUAGGCAUUUUGUUCAGCGGUGGAACUAUGCAAAGAGAAAUAAAGCUCCAAACGAGCAGGCAAUCCCUUUACUGAUGCCGCAGCACCACAUGGUGAUUCCUCAUUACAUGGGAAGAAAUUCGGACAUGGAGAUUGAAAAUAAGAAUGCUAGCAAUGGUAAAGACAUGACAAGGCAGGAUUCCUUCUUGUCGAGAUCAUCUUAUCAAGAUAUCCCCCUGCUUAUUCCCCAAGAGCCAAAUGAAAGUCCAAGACCAAAUGGGGUGGACUCUCCUCAUUGCCUCAGUCAGCCAAACAGCAAUCGUGCUUUCCCUUUUCGGAAGACAAAGAUUGAACCAGUAGGUCCAGAUACGCCAAUGAGGGGAUUUGUAGAUGACUUUGAUUCUUUGGAUCUACAUGGAAAAUUGGCUUCAGAUGGGGUGGCACAUCCUGCAAUCAGAAGUUCAGUUCCAGAGUGGUGGGAAACACAAGAACGGGGAAAUAAGGGCGGUCUCACAGAUGAAUCAGGACAAGUAGGUCCUUGUAGUUCAUGCCGAUGUCAGGUUAUCAGAAGUGUCAGUCAGUGGUCAUCAGGAACAAGCCAAGUUGAAGAUAGCAUUCAUAGUGCUUAUUGUUCUCUUAUCGACAAAGCUGAGCACUUUAUUUACAUUGAGAAUCAAUUUUUCAUCUCAGGUCUUUCAGGAGAUGAAAUAAUACGGAAUCGUGUGUUAGAAGCAUUAUUCCGUCGUAUUAUGAGAGCAUACAAUGAUAAGAAGUGUUUUAGAGUUAUAAUUGUCAUACCACUCUUACCCGGAUUUCAGGGUGGUUUGGAUGAUGCUGGCGCUGCAUCUGUGAGAGCUGUUAUGCAUUGGCAAUAUCGAACGAUUUGCAGAGGGCAUAAUUCAAUUCUACACAAUUUAUAUGAACUUCUUGGUCCAAAGACACACGACUACAUUUCUUUCUAUGGCCUUAGAGCUUAUGGUAAACUAUUUGAUGGUGGUCCUGUGGCCUCCAGUCAGGUAUAUGUGCAUAGUAAAAUCAUGAUUGUCGAUGACUGUACAACUUUAAUUGGUUCAGCUAACAUCAAUGAUAGGAGUUUGCUUGGUUCAAGAGAUUCUGAGAUUGGUCUUCUUAUUGAAGACAAAGAGUUGGUUAAUUCAUAUAUGGGAGGAAAACCAUGGAAGGCUGGAAAAUUCUCACUGAGUCUUCGCCUGUCGCUGUGGUCUGAACAUCUUGGUGUUAAUGCUGGAGAGAUGGACCAAAUAAUUGAUCCUACUGUUGAUUCAACUUACAAGGAUAUAUGGAUGGCAACAGCGAAGACAAAUACCACAAUCUACCAAGAUGUCUUUUCCUGUGUACCAAAUGAUUUUAUACAUUCUAGAGCUGCAUUUAGACAAAGCAUAGCCUUCUGGAAGGAGAAGGUAGGGCACACAACCAUUGAUUUAGGAAUUGCUCCCAAGACGCUAGAAUCAUAUCAAAAUGGAGAUGUCAAGAAGGCAGAUCCUAUGGAGAGGUUAGAGUCUAUAAAGGGGCAUCUUGUUUCUUUCCCUUUGGAUUUCAUGCUGAAGGAAGAUUUAAGACCCGUGUUCAAUGAGAGUGAGUACUAUGCGUCACCGCAGGUAUUUCAUUGAGCAUGAUUUAUAACCAAAAGCUUAUCACCACACACCGCUACUGUCUGAUUGUAUGUAUGAAAACAUUUGUCUAGAGAUAUAGUAGAGAUAGUGAAGAAAGGCUCAAAAGCUCCUGAUCAUAGAACUGAUUUCAGAAUGCAUGUAGAAACUAUAAUUUAAUGAAAGUAAAAGUAACCGAUUCUCGUCACUGCGAACCGUGCAGACUUAUAU